AAAGAAAUCAAAGUUUGGCAGUUCUAAUUCUUUUGGGCAAUCUUUGAUUUAUAAGCCUUUUUCAUUUCUUAACCAAAUUUUCUUUUUUCAUUUGUUGGUAAAUUAACUAAAGAGUAAUCAAAUCGAUCGAGAGAUAAAAACUAGAAAGAAGAAAUGGGUCGGAUUCCAUGUUGUGAAAAGGAGAAUGUGAAGAGAGGACAAUGGACUCCUGAAGAAGACAACAAAUUGGCUUCUUAUAUUGCUCAACAUGGUACUCGUAAUUGGCGUCUCAUCCCUAAGAACGCUGGGUUGCAAAGAUGCGGGAAGAGUUGUAGGCUGCGAUGGACGAACUAUUUGCGUCCGGAUUUGAAACACGGCCAGUUCUCGGAGACUGAGGAACAUAUCAUUGUCAAGUUUCACUCUGUUCUUGGUAACCGGUGGUCGUUGAUUGCGGCGCAACUUCCUGGUCGAACGGACAACGAUGUGAAAAACUAUUGGAACACGAAGCUGAAGAAGAAGUUGUCGGGAAUGGGAAUAGAUCCAGUGACCCACAAGCCUUCCUCGCAUCGAAUGUGGGGAAGAGGAUUGGGAAUCAUGUUUGCUUUGCCGUUUUCUUAUUUUCUGCGGAAAGGGUAUAUUACUCUACGUCUUGGAGUUCAGCUCUCUGGUUUAUUUGCGCUUGGUGCUGGACAAGGUCUCAUUGGUUGGUGGAUGGUUAAAAGUGGUUUAGAGGAGCCGCCGUCUGAAUAUUCUCAACCGAGGGUAAGCCCAUACCGUCUUGCAGCUCACCUGACCUCAGCUUUUGCCAUUUAUUGUGGACUUUUCUGGACCGCUCUCUCUGUUGUUAUGCCUGAACCACCAGCUGAGUCACUGGCUUGGGUUCGGGGAGCAGCUAAAGUGAAGAAGCUUGCAUUACCAGUAAGCUUGAUUGUUGGUAUCACUACGAUUUCAGGAGCAUUUGUUGCUGGAAAUGAUGCUGGUCGUGCAUUCAACACAUUCCCAAAAAUGGGUGACACAUGGAUCCCAGAUAAUAUAUUUGAGAUGAAACCACUUUUACGCAACUUUUUCGAGAACACAGCAACUGUUCAGCUUGAUCAUCGCCUUCUUGCAACCACAACGCUAAUAGCAAUUGGAACAAUGUGGUGGUUCACAAGGAAGCUAGACAUACAUCCAGCCGUUAAAGCUUUGAUCGGAAGUACUGUGGGAAUGACUGCUGUUCAGGUGACAUUAGGUGUAUUAACGCUUCUGAGUUAUGUUCCGGUCUCACUAGGAAGUGCACAUCAAGCAGGAGCUUUAACACUUCUCACUUUGAUGCUACUUCUCAAUCACACUCUUCGGAGGCCAUCGCCUUCUCUUCUCAAAUCCCUUCCACAAGUUGCUAAAUCAAAUUUCAGCUAAGCAGCCCUAUUCACCAAAAUAUUUCCUUUUUCAUUAUUUACUAAAAAACGAUUCUUUGGCUAACUAUUAUACUAGAUCGAAUCAUGUGUCAAUGAUGUUGUAUUAUCAGUCACGAUUCGAAAAAUAAAUACGAAAACAAUUAACAUAUGAAUCCCAGAAUUUGAGUGUUUGUUGGUGUUUAUGUUU